UUUGUGCAAAACAACGGCCAGACAUUCGACUGACUUGGAUUUUAAUGAUUAACUCGAACUCUGGCGACCCACAUAAAUAAGGGAGAGUCAGUACUCAUCACGUGCUUAAAACACAGGUAAACGGUCGCGUAGGUCAACAUUGGCAUUGCGUAAACUAAAGAUUGGAGCCUCAAGGUAGUCACGAGGGGAUUCCGUAACUGUGAACUGCCCCAUUGUUACGUCAGCUUUCAUUGAAGACAAUGGUGAACAACCGGUGAACAGGGUGCGAUAGCCUAUGUGUUACAGUAGCUGACUGUCAACUUCUGUCAACUUUCUAACUCAGGAGAUAGUCUAAGCACAGAAAACAAAAAUGCAGGCUUGGACACAGUUCAAACUUCUUCUGUGGAAGAACUACCUUCUGCAGAAGAGGAAAAAAAUCGUCACCAUUUUUGAGAUCGGACUGCCGGCGCUGUUCGCCUUGAUUCUGGUGUUCGUCCGUCACGACGUAGAGUCCAUCCCGCGGGAUACUCCCAUAUAUUACCCCGAGUUUACCGUGGAUAGACUGCCGGAGACUCUAAUCUUUGAGACAUGGGAGGUGGCGUAUUCACCUAACAACACAGCAGUCAAGACAGUCAUGGACAUUGUUGCAGCCAAGUUACAAGUGCAAGUUCGAGGAUUCCAGAAUGAAUCAGUUUUACAGACGUAUGUUCACAACGCGAUGGAGAAAGAGGAAACCCUGCAGGUAAAAGUGCUGGGAGGGGUCGCUUUCAUCAACGACUUUCCCAACGAAACAGCCAUACCAGAUGACAUCAUCUACAAGAUCCGUCUGAAGUACAGUCCCAGAGCUGCCAACGAGGGACCACAGAUCAACAUGUUUAACCAGGACAAGGACUGGAAGACUCAGUACAUGUUCAAGUUCCUCCAGACGGUCGGACCAAGGAACAAGGAUGAUCCGGAAGGGGGAUCCCCAGGCUAUUACAGAGAGGGUUUCCUGGCUAUCCAACAUGCCGUGGACAUUUCCCUGGCACAGGCCCGCGGCGCGAACACUACCGGUAUUGAAGUGCGCAUGCAGCGCUUCCCGUACCCCGGGUACGUGGACGACAGGUUCGUGCUGGUGAUCCAGCAGCAGCUGGGACAGGUCCUGAUGCUCAGCUUCGUCUACACCGUCUUAAACAUCGUCAAGAUCCUCGUGCACGAGAAGGAGAGGAAACUUAAGGAGUCCAUGAAGAUGAUGGGGCUGAAUGGCUAUCUCCACUGGUUCUCCUGGUUUGUGAAGGAGUUUGUGUUCCUGAUGAUCACCAUGGCUCUCUUCACCAUGCUCAUCUGUGUCAAGUUCUGGCCACAAGGAAAAGUCAUCCAACAGACAGAUCCCAGCAUCAUUCUGGUGUACCUGAUGUUGUUUGCCAUCUCCACUAUUUGUUUCUGCUUUGCCAUCUCUGUCUUCUUCUCAAAAGCGAACACUGGUUCAAUCGUGGCGGGUGUCCUGUACUUCAUGACGUACGUCCCAUUCUACUUCAUCACCCAAUCGUACGACCAGAUGACCUGGCACGAGAAGAUGGCAUCCUGCCUGCUCAGUAACACCGGCAUGGCCAUGGGCGGACAGGUCAUCGGCAUGUUUGAGGGGACAGGUGCAGGAGUUCAGUGGUCCACCAUUAACACAGGUGUGUCUGUUGACGAUGACUUCACCAUGCUGCACGUGUUCUUCAUGCUGAUACUGGACAGUGUGCUGUACUGCAUGGUUGCCUGGUACGUCGAGGCUGUCUUUCCAGGGGACUACGGAGUACCUCAACCGUGGUACUUCCCCGUUCUGCGCUCAUACUGGUGUGGUUCCAGUAAGUCAGACUUUGUUGAUGAAGAUGACAAUGAGACCACGCCCCUCCUGUCUGGAGAAAAACACAGUGAUAACCAGGGGGAGUAUUUUGAGACAAAUCCUGCUAAUCUCAAAGCAGGCGUCAGGAUAAGGAACCUUAGGAAGACCUUUGGUUCAGGUAAGAAGAAGAAGACAGCUGUUGGAGGGAUCAGUAUGGACAUGUACGAGGGACAGAUAACUGCACUGCUGGGGCACAACGGGGCAGGGAAGACUACCACCAUGUCCAUGCUCACAGGCCUGUUCCCUCCCAGUGGAGGCACGGCGCUGGUUAACGGUUACGACAUCAGGUACAACAUGCAGUCCAUCCGACAGAGUCUGGGGCUGUGUCCGCAACACGACAUUCUGUAUGACGACCUGACCGUGGAGGAACAUCUCUACUUCUUUGCCAAGCUGAAGGGCUUCGCUCAUGACAAAGUCCAGGCUGAGAUAGACCGGCUGAUCGUGGCCAUGAAGCUGGAGGAUAAGCGACAUGUCAGGACCAGUGCUCUGUCUGGGGGCAUGAAGAGAAAACUGUCUGUUGGCAUCGCACUGUGUGCAAACUCCAAGAUAGUAAUGUUGGAUGAGCCGACCUCCGGGAUGGACCCCGCGGCACGCCGGGCCACGUGGGACCUGCUCCAGAACCACCGGCGCAACCGCACCAUCCUCCUCACCACACACCACAUGGACGAGGCUGACCUGCUGGGAGACAGGAUCGCCAUCAUGGCCAAGGGAACCCUCAGGUGCUGCGGGUCAAGUCUCUUCCUCAAGAACAAGUAUGGCGUCGGCUACCACAUGGUCAUCGUCAAGCAGCCAGGCUGCCACGUGUCCGCUGUGUCAAAGGUCGUCAAGUCCCACAUCCCUCACGCCAAGAUGGAGAGCAACGUCGGCGCUGAAUUGUCCUAUAUCCUCCCCACGGAGAGCUCGGCCCAGUUCGAGGCACUUUUCACUGAGAUUGAGGAGAGGAAAGAGGAACUGGGCAUCGAUGGUUAUGGAGCCUCCAUCACAACCAUGGAGGAGGUGUUCCUCAAGGUUGGAGGUGACUCAGAUCCUGACAUCGACAAGCACCUCCACCGAGCCGCCGAGAGCUACCAGAGCAUCAGUCGCUCCCCCUCCCCCACCGCCAUCCCCGUGGCAAACGGCUCGGCGGCUCCCGUCGCAAACGGUUCCGCCAUGAUCAACGUUUCACCGACCAAUCCUGAGGGGGAUGACAUUGAGGCCCAGCUGUUGCCUCUUGGUGAGUUUGACUCGUCCGUAGCUGCUGGUAAUCUGAAGAGGAACACAGGUGCACGGCUGUACUGGCAACAGUUCUACGCCAUGUUCCUGAAGCACAUGCUGCACUCCUGGAGAAACAUCUGGGUCUUCCUCAUCCAGUUUGGCAUCCCCCUUCUCUAUACCGCCUUCUCACUCAUUGUAGCCAAGACGUACCCUGGACCACAGGAUUCUCCACCUCUCAAUCUGACAACCGCACCCUACGGUCCCAACGAUUCCCCCUUCACUGCCGGUAUCAAUCCGAACAAUGCAACAAGGGAGCUUGCUCAACUCUACGCCUCACAGUUUGCCGACACCCCCACAACUCCCACCAACAUCAGCGACUCUUCCGUCUGGGACCAACCGCCCAACAUGACUGACUACCUGGUGGACUUGAGGACAAAGAGAAACGACUACGUCUACCACAGGGUGCUUGUCGCAAGCUCGUUUCAAACCGAGAACGACUCAGAAGCUGGUAAUGGUAUAAAAGCGACGGCGCUCUUCAACAACAUGCCGUACCACACGCCAGGACAGACACUGGUUACGUUGGACAAUGCCAUUCUGAAGUAUCUGUUGGGAGAGAAUUUCUCGGUGAAGACCAUCAACCACCCAAUGCCCAGGACCGUACAGGACACAGCCACUGACCAACUCUCAACAGGGAUCACAGCCUUUGCCAUUGCCUUCAACAUGGUGUUUGGUAUGUCCUCGCUGGCUGCCAGCUUUGUCCUGUUCAUCGUGCGCGAGCGUGCCACCAAGGCCAAGCACAUCCAGUUUGUGAGCGGUGUCCACAGCCUGACCUUCUGGUUCUCCACCUUUGCCUGGGACAUUAUGAACUUCAUGGUACCCUGUCUGCUGAUCCUGGUACUGUUGUGGGGAUUUGAUGUGAAGGCGUAUGUGGAGGAUGGGAGAGUAGCCAUGAUUUUGCUGCUGUUUUUCCUGUAUGGCUGGUCUAUGAUACCCAUGAUGUACCUGGCAUCCUUCCUCUUCACUGUGCCAUCCACUGGGUUUGUACGAAUCACCAUGUUCAACAUCAUUGCUGGAGUGGCAACCAUGCUGGCUGUGGGAAUCCUUGCAAUUCCUGGUCUGGACUUAGAAGAUAUCUCCAAAGGCCUGUCCUGGGGUUUCUCUGUGCUACCCAACUACUGCCUGGGCCAGGCCUUCUCAGACUUUGGGACGAACUACCAGAUUGUGUCUCUGUGCACUCAAGAUCCCAUUACCGAGGCCAUCUGCAAAGACUUCAAUGUAACCUGGACCACCAACUACCUCCAGUGGGAGAGGAACGGCAUUGGACGUUUCCUGGUGUUUAUGGCAUGGGAGGGGGUCUUCUUCUUUGGUGUCCUGUUCCUGGUGGAGUCCAACCUACUCAGGCAGUUCUGGUACUUCAUUAGGCCUAAGAGAAAGCCAACUGUCAUCAAUUCAGAUGGACAGUACAGUAUCCAGGAUGAUGAGGAUGUUGCAAGGGAACGCAAACGCAUCAACAGCACCCCCCUCAAACAACUCUUCUCAACAGAUGCCCUCAUUCUGAAGGAACUCAGGAAGAUUUACAAUGAGUACAGCUCAGAGCCACUAGUUGCAGUAGAAGGGUCGUCUCUGGGAAUCCCGCUCGGAGAGACCUUCGGGCUGCUGGGAAUCAACGGGGCGGGGAAGACCACCACGUUCAAGAUGCUGACAGGCGACGAGACCAUCACGUCAGGAACCGCAUACGUGGCAGGUCAUAACAUCAAGGACGACAUCAAAAGGGUGCAGCAGCUGAUAGGGUACUGCCCCCAGUUUGAUGCUCUGAUUGACCAGAUGACAGGCAGGGAGACCCUGUACAUGUUUGCCCGGCUCAGGGGUGUGCCUGAGAAGAACAUCAAACCUGUGGUGGACGACCUUCUACAGGCACUGAUGAUAGAGGAACAUGCCGACAAGCUUACCAAGGCUUACAGUGGUGGUAACAAGAGGAAGUUGAGUACUGCCAUCGCGCUGGUGGGUGACCCUCCCAUCGUGUUUCUGGAUGAGCCCACGACAGGUAUGGACCCUGUGGCCAGGAGGAUGCUGUGGGACUCCCUGUGCCAGGUGCGCCAGGCCGGCAGGUGUAUCGUCAUCACCUCUCACAGUAUGGAGGAGUGUGAAGCCCUCUGCACCUGUCUGGCCAUCAUGGUGAACGGUCAGUUCAAGUGCCUGGGCAGCACCCAGCACCUGAAGUCCAGGUUCGGGGAGGGGUACAUGCUCAUCGCCAAGGUGGCCUGUAACACACCUGAGGAAGAGAGACAGAACAUCCUGCCUCUUAAAGACUUCAUAGAAGAGAACUUCCCAGGGAGUAUCCUGAAGGAUGAACACUACGGAAUGGUCCACUACCACGUGAAGGACCGCUCCCUGACCUGGGCCCGCGUGUUCGGCACCAUGGAACGCGCCAAGUCCAGGUUCAACAUCGAGGACUACCUCGUGAGCCAGACCUCUCUGGAACAAGUGUUCCUCAACUUUGCCAAGUGGCAGAGACAGACGGAUGAGUAACCGACAGAACGAUAACCAAACAAAAAUGAAACAUAAAGAAACACUUUUAGUACUGUCGUUACGGUAAUAGAUGGAAAUAUUUGACUUCAAACUAAAAACCAGUGAUCCAUUUCAGUCAAAAGGAAAUAAUAGCUGCAGUGAAAUAUUUUGUGCUUAACAGAACAAAUGGCACAGUGGUAUUGAAUAAAUUUACCAAAGUAAAGAUGCACAAAUAAGGUCAGGGUAGGCUUUUUACAUACAUUGUAACAUGUGUUAAUUACAACUUAGAACUAUACCACUAACUUGUUUUUUGCAGAAUGUUGAAGAUUUUUUUAAUAAGGAAAUGGAAACUAUUACUUUUUAAGAACUAGUCAAAUGUAAUGUGAUGUGAUGUAUACAAUGGACCUUGGAUUGCAAUAAUACAUGUAUGAUGUAACAGAGCACUUUUAAUUUCUGUGUAAUCGGAAUUUUAACAUUGUGUAUAAUUUUAGCCUGUGUAAUAUUUCAGAUCAGAUAAUAUCUGAUAAAAAAUGUGAGCAAAUUCCUGUUUUAUGCACUUUUUUGCUAAGAAGAAACAAAAAAUAGCACAAGACUUGUACAUUUACUUAAGAAUAUAUCUAGUGGGGUUUACUCAAAAGUAAGCUUUCUAUCUCAACAAUUGUAAUACCGGUACUAUGCUAGUCUUGGGUAUUGUGUCAUGUUUUACUUAGUUUUGUGUAUUUUAAGUCAAAAUUGAGCUUGAAAAAGAAUCCCAAAAUUUUCUAUUCAAAAUUGCAUUAUAGCUGCUAUCACAUUUUAUGACCAUCAACUUUAUUAAUAAUAAUUGUAAUUCAUAUACAUUGUGACCUGCAACUGGGUUUGCAAGGAUGUAACAUGUCCUGAAUAGAUUAGAAAUGUGCAUCUGAAUAAAAAAUGUUGUUCAUAAUGAUAUCAGUCAUGUUAAGAAAUAAAAUGACUUACUUCAGAUGUACACUGUUAAAAUUUAUAGUCUCCUGGUGAGGCUUGUUCGGACAUGUAAAUAAUGAACUUGAAUAGAAAAUAUGCAAUACAGAUACCUAGAAAAGAUUUUUAAUGACAAAGAUGUACAAGCGUGUCUAAUACCGAAAAAUGUUCACAGAGUAUUUGGCGAGAGUUAUACCAUAGCCUCUAAUAAACAAACAGGUGAAAU